AUGUCUGGAAUAUUCGGAUCAGUGGGAAGCUCGUCGUUGAGCUCGCCUUCAUCUUCCGACAUGGCAGCGCGUAAAGAAGCCAUGAUGAGUUCUAUACGCAGUGAGAUCGCCCUCGCCAACGCGCAGGAACUCAUGAACAAAACGAACGAGAAAUGCUUCGCCAAGUGUAUCACCAAGCCGUCAACUUCAUUAUCGGGCUCAGAAGAGACCUGUCUUUCAAACUGCCUUAAUCGUUACAUGGAAGCAUUCAACAUCGUGAGCAAAACGUAUGUGUCGCGCCUCAGCCGAGAGCGCUUGGACCAUCCAUAA